AUGGAAGAAGAGAUACCGAGUGUGAUAUCAAGUGGUGGAGCAAAUACAAAUUCGGAUGUUUCAGAUUCGAUUAGCACCACUCAUCAAGCAAGCAAACGCCGAAGGUGCGGCGGUAAAGGCAAUUCGUCGCAAUUCAAAGGCGUAAUGCGACAGAAAAAUGGACAAUGGGGAGCUCAAUUAUACACUAAUCAUACCCGAAUUUGGCUAGGGACUUUCAAAACUGAAAUAGAUGCAGCUGUGGCCUACGAUAGUGCAGCGAUCAAGUUCCGCCCCGGAGACACUCAUCGGAACUUUCCAUGGAACGAAAUCACAAUUGAGGAGCCCAAGUUUCUGAGCCAUUACAGUGCAGAAGCUGCCCUUAGCAUGAUAAGAGACGGUUCUUACCAAUACAAGUUCAUGGAUUUUAUUAAGGCUCGCUCUAGAAGUAUAAAACCCAACAUUGCUCUCAACUCAAUGGGGACUAAUAGCAAUGAAGGGCUAAUUUGCAAACAAUUGUUCCAAAAGGAGCUAACACCAAGUGAUGUUGGUAAGUUGAAUAGGCUUGUCAUCCCCAGAAAAUAUGCUGUCAAAUAUUUUCCGCCGGUUUCCUGGACUGAAAAGGAGAAUGCAGAUAUUGGCGAUCGCAAAACAAACGAUGUUGAGUUGGUUUUCUACGACAAGUUUAUGAGGAUAUGGAAGUUUCGUUAUUGCUAUUGGAAUAGCAGCCAAAGCUUUGUUUUCACCAGGGGCUGGAACCGGUUUCUGAAGGAAAAAGAGUUGAAGGCCAACGAUGUGGUUUCGUUCUUCAUAUGUGAAUGCCGGAAGGAGAACGAAGUCCGAAGGUUCUGCAUGAUUGAUGCCAACAAAUCCGGGAACGGUGGCACGUUCAUGGCGGUAAACACCGUUCAUGUUGGAAUAGAAGUUGAUUUGCAGCUUCGGUUGGGACAUUAUUACCCCAUUGGUGAUGAAAAACAUGUCCAAGAAGAGCAAGGAUCAAUGGCGGCAGCGAAGCAGAAACAAGACGACAAGACCGAGGGUUUCAAACUCUUUGGUAUGCAAAUUAACUGAAGCUGAAAUCCAUGCUCUUCUUAACUAACAGGAUUGUUAGCUGAAAU